UCCUGGGGGUGUCUCGUUAAAGUCCUCACAGUGCUCACCUGCGUGCCAAGUAGCUCUAUAGCAGUUAUUUUUCCAGAGUGGUUCAGUUUCCCCAUGGAAGCAAAGGCUGAAAGGUUUCCCAGAGGCGUGUUCAUGCACUUCACAGAGUUCCUGGAUGAAUUUUCACCUGAUGUCCUAGGCCAGCUUUUGAACGAUCCCUUCUUGUCUGAGAAGAACGAAGUAAUGGAAGUGGAGCUGUCUCCGGCAUCCCCAGCGCCCCUCAUCCAGGCUGAGCACAGCUAUUCCCUCUGUGGGGACUCUCGGCCCCAGUCUCCCUUGACCCACAUCUCGACCGAUGACAACUUCAAUGAAGGUGACCUGGAAAAUGAGGAAUGGUGUCUGGCUACAGAGUUUACUCCAGCUGCAAUAAAGACUGAGCCAGGGCUGUGUGAGACAUCAGGCCUCGCUCCCUCAGUCAGUCUCACCGUCACAGCCACGUCGCUGGAGGAGGAACAGCCUGAGCUACAGACAGAUGCCCUGAUGAAACCACUGACCCAGAAAGUUCUUCCAGAGAUUAAAUUGGAGCCCCAUGAAGUGGAUCAGUUCCUGAACCUCUCUUCUAAGGAAGCAGUGGAUCCCCUGCACUUGCCUCCCACCCCUCCGAGCAGCCAUGGCAGUGACUCUGAAGGAGGGCAGAGCCCAGCUCGAUCACUCCCUCCUUCCAGCCCCAUCCAGCUCCAGGCCACGGCUAAGGUUGCGUCGCGCACAGCUUCGGUGCUCUCCAAUUCCCCUCUCCUGACUGCCCCACAUAAAUUACAGGGGACGGGCCCCCUCAUCCUGACAGAGGAGGAGAAGAGGACGCUGAUAGCAGAGGGCUACCCAAUCCCUACCAAACUGCCUCUGACAAAAGCAGAGGAGAAAGUUCUAAAGAAAAUCCGCAGGAAAAUAAAAAACAAGAUCUCUGCCCAGGAAAGUAGAAGAAAAAAGAAAGAAUACAUGGACAGUCUGGAAAAAAAAGUUGAGACCUGCUCAAAUGAAAACAGUGAGCUGCGUAAGAAGGUUGAAGUCCUGGAGAACACUAACAGAACACUUCUGCAGCAGCUGCAGAGACUCCAAGCCAUGGUUGCUGGCAAAGUGUCCCGCUCGUGUAAGGCAGCUAGCACACAAACAGGGACCUGUCUUAUGAUGGUGGUGCUGUGCUUUGCAGUAGUCUUUGGCAGCUUCUCUCAGAGCUAUGGGCCAUACCCUUCUGCUACAAAGAUGGUGUUGCCCAGGCAGCAUUCCUCACCAGAGUCCUACACAGAUUCCAUUGUGAGGUCAAGAAGUCUACUAAUUUAUGAAGAGCCUCACCAACUGGAGGAGGCGUCCAGCCCGAUCUCCUUUGCAGAUCGCAAUGACAGACAAACAGACACCUCCAAGUUCACAACACUGUCCCUGGAGGCUGUGGCAGGGACACAGCAGGAUGAUAUCAUGCAGUUCACAAUAGCCAACGAGACAAGGCUGGAGAAAUCAGUGCUGCUGGGCCUGCAGCAGCACAGAGUCAACUCCGAACUAGAAGGAAAUGAAACACUGAAGAUAAUUGAAAUAGAUAGAAGAGUCAAUGCCACCUCUUAAAAAUAAAAAAAGGCCUUUUUUCUUGACUUCCUUUUUUCCCACAUAUUUUCAACCAAAGUUCCCCUGACUUGUCAUCCUCAGUGAACCAAAGUACAAAAGAGAGGGAGUUCAACUUCUUCAUUGACUGGUGAGGCUGUGACUGCAGAUGGGAUCUCUUGUCUUUGCAACUCCCUUCCUCACGUCGCACAGUCCCUGUCUCUGCUUUUACCCUUUCCUGUCUGCCACUGCAAGGGCAGGAUUGGAUUAUGAUGGCAGAUGAUGCCAGCAGCGUGCCAGUGACUGGUGGGUGCGUGUGCCUGUACGUGCACACAGCCUGAUCUGAGCACAAAGACGUUCUGGAGAAGGGUGAAUUGUGCAAGACCAAUGGGAGCACGUGGGUGAUAGGUCUCUUGGAAGAAGGUGAUUGAGAGAGAGAGGAAAUGCAGCAUUAUGGUGCUUAGAGUCUCACCAUAGCUCCGUGCCUGCUGGUCUACAGCACUUGGGGGGAUAGAGAAGCACAUGUGCAGCCUGCUUCUGAAGGGACAGGAAAGGGCUCUGUCACUGCUGAGUUCACAGCACAUGCAGGAGAGGGCUGGUCCAUGAUGCUGCUGAAUUGUCUUCCCCUAGCUCUUUCUCUUCUCCCUUCCAGUCUCUUCAUCACUUAGCAGAGUAGGUUUCUCUGUGCAUUGAAAGCAGUCCUGGUAGGCUUCCCUGCUGCCACCCUUGAGAAAUUAAGCAGAGAUCAGUCACUGUCUUACCACACUCUGUGUGGGAGAGCUACACUAGUUUAACUAAAUCUGUUUAGAAAGCAGGUUUUGUGACAUUUAUGCAAUAUUUUAGAUGGAUGCCCUUUAGUCUGCUUAAAGCUAAUCUGUUUAGCUUAAAUCAGUUCUUUCCAACAAACUAAAUCAAUGUAAGGCUUAAACGAGAAGUGCCUCCUGAGAGGACCAUAUGGAUUUAAUUUAUUGGCUUCUAGCUGGUUGAUGAAAAUUCUUGUGUAGACCCAGUCUCAGAUUGUCUUGUGUUCUCCUUUCCUUGCCAUCUUCCUGUUACUGUUGUAAAUAGUAUUUAUUAGCUUUGAAAAAUUAUGUUCAGGCAGUUGUGAUGAAGAGAACUGAGCUUUCCUAACCCUGCAGGUGAACUGGGCAGACCCUGAAAUCGGACACACAAACAGGACUGAACACCCAUUUCUUCCCCUUAGGCUUGAAUUGUCCUAAAAUAAAGCCAUGUGUCUUAUUUUCCUCUUCCCUGCUUUUCCAGAGAUGUGAUCUGAGACCAGCUGCUUUGGGUACAGAUAGGCCCAGCUCUUGCCUAGGGGUGGUGGGUGCUGUAUUAACUAUGGCAAGGCAGCCUCUGAUCUGAGGAGCUGAUUAUGUAGGCAGGAGAGCUGUCAAAAGAGGAAUGAGAUGGGCACAUGGGAGGUGAAGUGACUGGCCCUGGCUCAUUGAGAAAGCCAAGAGCAGCAUUCAGGUCUGAUCCCGGUCCAGUACUCUUCUCCGUGCUGUGUUUCCUUCUUGUCCCGUGUUGUUGUUGUCUUCAAGGGUCCUCUCUCUCUCAGUACCCUGGUCAUGCCUUUGCCUGGGCUGUGCUUCUUGCAAUUUGUCCUUGCAGGGGCAUAGUUGAACUCAGUCCAGAAUUUGAGCAGGGUUUUAUCUGGUUCCUACAGCAGGGCACUUCUGCUCCAUUGAGGAUGGAUCUAAUGUGAAAAUCCUAAUUCAGCAGGCUAGCAUAGCUACUUUACAGUUUACCAGAAGAAGUCAAUUAAAAAAAAAAAAAAAAAAAAAAAAGUAAUUUGAAGUUCUUUUUUCUUUUUUUUUUUUUUCCUAAUGAUAAAUAAGGGAAAAAUUAGCCUAGCCUUACAAAUAAUUUUUUACUCUGUACAGUAGAUAAUUCCUGCAAUAUUCUAUUUUGUAAAAUAUUGAAUUUGUAUUUUAUUACAGCAGCUGUCACACCAGCUCCUUUCUUGUUCUUCAUUCUCCUUAGACUUUCUUCCUUCGGCAUCCUAUUUGCCACCCUCAGGCCUGACUCAAAAUUCAGUGAAAUGAAUGGGAGGGAUUUGGUGAAUUGGAGGGGACUGUGGAUCAGUCCCCUCUGUGCCGUUUUAAGGAGGUGUUUCACAACAGUGAGAGUAAAACAAGUGCCUGACUCCAUGAGCUAGUACGGAGUUCUGGUGUACAGAUGUGCUUUUCUAGGUAAUGCCCUAUUCUAUGCAAGUGCCUUAUUAUUUUACCUGAGGUGGAAAUAAGAAGAGAAAUGCUGUUGUAGUCUGUUUUGCAAGUGUUGCCAUCUUGGCAUGGGUCAGCCUCCACUGUAAAGUCUGUUUCCCUUCACAGUGAUCCUGCUGGGUUCUCUGAAUCAUUCCAGUAUCCAUUAACACCUUUUGGGGUUGUGGUGUGUAUGGUUUGUUUUUUUUUGUUUUUUUUUUUUUUUUUCUUUUAAUGGUUUAAGGCUUCACAUAAACAGUGAUCACUUGUGAUUGCCACAAGGGAUAGCUGCAUUGCUCAGCCACUUGAGGUCAGCAAAGUGAUAGGAGAAAGCUGGGAUUGACCCCAACUGGUCAGCAUAAGUGGGCAAGGUCAUAGUUUAGUAAAUUCCUUAAAUGCUCUUUUUUUUUUUUUUCGUUUUUCCCAGAGCACCCUUGGUUUGCUGCCUUUGAGGGCAGCCAAGUGAUUAAAUGUUUUGCAAAAGAGGCCCCAGAGUGUGAAGCACAGCAGCAUGUACCAGCCUUGCAGUUUGCUCUGUGCAGCCUGAACUCCUGCCCAUUGCCAGUUAAAUGGAUCACCUCCCAUUUCAGGUACAGCUGGCUGACUUCACUGUGUGAAAACCAAAGUGGAAUUAUUUCUCAGUUCUUAAAGGAGAGAUGAUUUUGCACAACCAGGAUGGCUCCUCCUCUCUGAAACCUACUGCACUAGCCACCACUAAAACUUUGCCCAUUUUUUGGUUUAAUUUGGUCAUAUUGGUGCAGAUCUGGUUGGAAGAUAAUUGUAUUUUCAUCCUGAGCAUUUUAAACUGGCCAUGGUCUGGGUCAGGCCUCUGCACUAAUUCAUCCAAGCCAAUAUGGCCAUACUGAUUUUUUGUAAGUGUUUGAUACUCUAUUGCUAUAAUCUUAAUUUCUGUAAUCCUUUAAGUUAUUUUUAGGUAUUCUUUUAGAAAUCCCUUGACCUAGCACACACAUUGCUUGGGGAUUUAUUUUAUUACAUGUUACUCUAUAAUGAGGAAAAGCUUUGCUUCACUUUGGUGUGUUUGUGAUCAUUUUUCUUCAGGGGCCUUAAUAGAACAGGUUUCUCUGCUAGGGGCCAGGGAAUCCCCUGUCAUCACCUACUCACAGGCUGUUGUUUGGCAAGGACCUCACAAUCUCCAGAGGGAGUUUGUGCCCGUGUUCUGUACCUAGCAGGGGACAGAGAAGGCAGGACAAGGUGCCAUUGCACUGCCAGCCUCAGCAUGCAGGGGUGACCCCGGCGGGAAUGUUGAUGCACUGCUGACCACAUGGAGAGGCAGCUGCUGAGCUCUGAGUUAAGGGCAUAGGGCAGGAGUAGUAAGGCAUAUUCAGGGAGGGUGUUACUAAGUGCUUUUAGUUAGUUCAGCUCUAUUACUUGAGGCUUUAGCCUUCUGCCAGUGUGCUGUUUCUGGUGCUGUGGCAUCAUAUGUGUGUGUAUGGGCAGGGUCAGCAAAGGCCUUGUGUGCUGCACAGCUUCCAUUUCCAGUAGAGGACUUAAGUGAUAAACUUCAGAGUCCUCAGCUGUAAGGUUGUGUUGCUCAUCAGCACAAAUUUAUACGCGCUAGUAAACUUACCUUUUGGCCAAUAGCUUUAAGGCAUGUCUAGAUCUGUUUGGUCUUUGCUUCUAGGGAGAUAAGCUAUGAAGGAAUAUAGGGCAUUAUUUUAUAUAUAUAUGUAUAUUUAAAAAGUCUGAAGCACAGGAUGUGUGAUGUUUCUAACCUUGUUACCAGUGAGUAGAUAAUGUUGGGUUUUUUACCCCCAGGCUAUAUGUAGUUCUUUACUGCACUUCUUUCAUUUCAUCUGUACCACUCAAUAUUUUUCAGCAGCACAAACUAAUGAAUUAAGCUGAGGUUCUUAGGCCAGAUCCCAGCUGAUACAACCAGCAUGGUUCUCACACACUGCUCUUGGGGGCUGCAGGUCUGAUUUAUACUGACAGAGGACCUCUUCUUCCACAUCUUUUUGUGUAACAGUGUAUCUUGAUGUGUUCUUGAUUCUUCUAACAUAGACCAAAAAUUAAUCUAAACUUUUUUUUUCCCUGCUAAAGAAACCAACCCACCUCUCCACUCCCUUCCCCCCAGACUAUCAGUGGUGAAUUCUGUCUAGACACUUUUAGAAUGUAGGUCAAGUAAGUGAAUGAUGCUAAUUGCUACGUUGGGAGGGAUUUCCACUGAGUAUUUGGGCUCUAGAUUCUAGCUAAUGCCAAGAGGCCAUUGUUCAAAACCCACGCAGCUAAGAACAGAGGAAUACAGAGUAUUUUUAUACUCUUGGUGACUAAAAUAUUUCUUUCUCGAGUCACUAAUUAAAAAGGGAACAUUUUGUAUUCUGAAGGUGAAAUGAUAGGUCAGUACUUUGUAGCUACAAAAGUUGUCUCAGCCUAUAUAAUAGUGUAGUGCUAGGAUGUGUUGCUGCUUUGCACUAUCUAGUGUUAAAGUUGAACAGCUUUGGGGGUUGCAAAGGGGAAUGAACUGAUGUAUGUGUUAAUCAAGGUCUUUACAAAGAAAGUGUAAGGAUCCAAUCCAUCUCGUAGCUUUCUCAUGGCCAAUGAAGUGACAUUGGGCAUUCAGAGAAUUUGUUGAAGGUUGAUCCCGACUAGCACUGCAUUGCUUAGGUGACCAGCAUCCACUGGAGACUCCAGGACUGAGAGGGAAAUUGCAGUUUGGUUUUCUCAUUUUUGUCAGGCCUCCUUCUACCUUACUGAAGUGUGUAUAUAUGUAUGAAUCAAAGUCCUGUGUAGAAAAAAGUGCAUCAUGCAGGAAACAGUGAUGCUGUUUGGAUUUGAUGCUGAAUGGAGUUUGAAUAUUCUUUAUUAGCAGUAGUCUCUUGUCUGCCCUACAACUGAUCUCCAGAUUCUUCCUCCAAGAGCUGCAACUGAAGAGGUGGGAACAGAACAUGGGAAAGCAGGAUUUGUAGACCUGUCUUACAGAAAGGGUGAAAGAAAAGGCAUGUGAGGGAACUCCUCACAUCACAGGGAAACCUUCUAGUUCUUGAUUCCAUAAAUCAGCAAUGAUAGCCUCUUUCAUUAGUUACCUGCUAGGUUUAGCUUUACUACUAUUCCCCUUGCUCUUUAAUGCUGUGCUGUCCUGUUUAUGCAUACCUGACCUUUAUGUUAUAACCCACUUUACCCUCUAAACAGCAGGUAAAAAUCUUUUUGAACCUUAGCAGUCCGUAAUGAAGGGAGUGGAAGAGAGAGAGGGGGAAGCAGAGGCAGGUACUGAUUUUUUUUUAACAGAACUCUGCUCAUAUCUGACUUUAUCAUAACAGAUAUUAAUUCAGUGGUGCUGAUAUAAUGGCAUCUUGCUUUCUUAAUUUGUACAGUUAGCGAGAAUGAGUGUGAGUGUAUGUGCAUCUGUGCACAUGUGCAUGAUGAAUGGUCAAAAGGUAUCAAAACCACAGUUUUCUUAAUGUAGUAGGUGUUGCUAAAUAAAGGCAUUUACCUGAACACACAGGGUACUUUGGGCUUGGUGCAGCAGAAAGUCCAGGCAUUUCUCUCUGAAACCUGUUCACAUUCCACAUCACCGAGCACUUGUAAAACUGUUGUGUGAAUUGCUGUCUGAAGGCUGUCCUGUCAUUAAUUGUCAACUGAAUAUUGUUGCACUGUGUCAUUUUGUGUGUGUGCAUAGACUGUCUGGCCUUUCUAGAGUUCUGGCUUGGUACAAAAAAAUAUUUGUUUUAUAUUCUGGUAUCACUUUUGGUCUGCAGAAUUAUGGCUUUGAAUGCUUUAUAUUUUUUCCUUUUUUCUCUGAGUGGUGUAAAUUAGCCUUAAAAGGUGGCCCCUGGGAGCACUGAUGCCCUAAUCACCCCUGGGGUGCAGUGAGAUGCCAGCCAGAGGAAGCAGUUUCCUCUCAGAGGGUGGUGCAGGUACAUCCCAGUUUCCCUGAGAUUCACUAGGCCUUCCAAGGGUAAAUUACCUGGUGUUGCUCUCUUGAAAAGGAGUAUCCACGGUCAAUUCCACUGCCUUGUGCCAUGCAGAACAGCACCUUGUGACUAAGUCACUCUGCUGUGGCAUCCUUAGGGCGCUUAAGCUGAUUUUCCCCUUUCCCUCUGUUCACAUGAAUGCAGUAUAGGUUUGUGCAAACAUUGGAAACUAUCUAAGGUGACAGGGACAGUGAUUGUGCAAAAGCACCCCCUCGAACUCCUUGGUAAACCUCACUGGGACCUCUUCUGAUUGCAGAUAUCUCUAUUCUCUUGCCAUGUCUAUUUAACUCUUGUCUGUGUUCCGUGGCCUAUUUUUGUACAAGUGCUGUCAUCUGGAUGUGGUCCCACCUGAUUGUUCACACUGCAAGCAUGUCCAUUGGGUGGAAAGAAAUUGCUGUUUUUCCUUUUUAAAUCAUCUGCCUGAUUCUGUGAGAGAACAGACUACCUGCUUUUGUAGCCUAAAUAUGUAUGUAGUGAAGUAUGUUAUGCUUUUCAUUUCUUGCAAAUAAAUAUUUUCUGUAGAAAAAAA